CGCUUGACGGCGGGCGCGUCGCGAAAGGCCGGUGAAGGACGGCGGCGGGCCCGUGAGGGGGGGGCGGCGGUGUCGGCGGCGCGACAGCGGCCGUGUCGCGACAGGCGCGCAGCCAUGCCGUUCUGGGGCCUGCAGAAGCAGCUGGGCAUCGAUGUGGACAGCUGGCUGCUGCGGCAGAGCAUGCCGCAGCCGCAGCGCCAGGCCGCGGCCUGCCACGCCUUCGAGCGCGAGUGGGUGGAGUGCGGGCACGGGCUGGGCCAGACCCGCGCCCGCCGCGAGUGUCAGCUCGAGUACGAGGAUUUCAUGGAGUGCAUGAAGCGCACCAAGCUGGCUAAACGGCUCCGGACCAUCCUGGAGCAGCGGGACAAGAUGACCAAAGAAGGGAAGUACACACCCCCCCACAUGGACGAGGACGAGCCCAGGCCGUGAUUCCCACUGGAAUUCCUCUUGGAAGAAACCCCACGGGGCAGGGGGCGGGGCCGUGCUGUGGCUGAAGGGGAACCCACCUCAGGUCGGGCAUCGCUGGGGCAGUAAAUAUCCCUUUGGAAUGUC